CCCCGGAGCCGCCGGAGUUUCUGCGCGCGCGUGCGCGCGCGCGCGGGAGGGAGAUGCGGCCGCGGCUCGGGCUCCUUGCAGAUUUCUAGCCAGCAUAAUGCUGGAGCAAGGGGCCGGCAGCCUGCAGUUUCCAGGAUGGCCGAACUGGAUGCUGACUUGGAUCACAUCAUUCCGUCUUCUGUCCUUCCCCCUUUCUGGGCCAAGUUAAUAGUGGGAUUUUCUUCCCUGCUGUGUUUUGCAAGGAGCUACGAUGGGGAUUUUGUCUUUGAUGACUCGGAAGCGAUUGUUAACAAUAAGGACCUCCAGGCAGACACGCCCCUGGGAGACCUGUGGCACCAUGACUUCUGGGGCAGUAGACUGAGCAGCAAUACCAGCCACAAAUCCUACCGGCCGCUCACUGUCCUGACGUUCAGGAUCAACUACUAUUUGUCAGGAGGUUUCCACCCCGUGGGUUUCCACGUGGUCAACAUCCUCCUGCAUGGUGGCAUCUCUGUCCUGCUGGUGGACGUCUUCUCGGUGCUCUUUGGCGGCCUGCAGUUCACCAGUAAAGGCCGGAGGGUGCACCUGGCCCCCAGAGCGUCCCUGCUUGCGGCUCUGCUGUUCGCCGUCCACCCAGUGCACACGGAGUGUGUUGCUGGUGUUGUCGGCCGGGCGGACCUGCUGUGUGCCCUGUUCUUCCUGUUGUCGUUCCUCGGCUACUGUAGAGCAUUUCGAGAACGUCACAGGGAAGGCACGCGUUCUUCUACCUCGUGGGUGCUGCUGAGCAUCUUUCUGGGAGCGGUGGCCAUGCUGUGCAAAGAGCAAGGGAUCACCGUGCUGGGUUUGAACGCUGUGUUUGAUAUCUUGGUGAUAGGCAAAUUCAAUGUUCGAGAAGUCGUGCAGAAGGCGCUACGAAAGGACAAGUCAUUAGAGAACAUCGGUGUGCUCAGAAACGGGGGCCUCCUCUUCCGCAUGGCCCUGCUCACCGCCGGAGGAGUCGGGAUGCUCUACGUGCGCUGGAGAAUCAUGGGUACGGGCCCGCCGGCGUUUACCGAGGUGGACAACCCGGCCUCCUUCGCUGACAGCGUGUUGGUUAGGGCCAUAAACUAUAAUUACUACUAUUCAUUGAAUGCCUGGCUGCUGCUGUGUCCCUGGUGGCUGUGUUUUGAUUGGUCAAUGGGCUGUAUCCCUCUCAUUAAGUCGGUUGGUGACUGGAGGGUAAUUGCUCUAGCAGCACUUUGGCUCUGCCUAAUGGGCCUCAUAUGCCAAGCCCUGUGCUCAGAAGACAGCAGCAAGAGAAGAAUCCUUACUCUGGGCCUGGGAUUCCUCGUGAUCCCAUUUCUUCCUGCAAGUAACUUGUUCUUCAGGGUAGGAUUUGUGGUGGCCGAGCGCGUCCUCUACCUCCCCAGUGCUGGCUACUGUGUGCUGCUGACCUUCGGAUUUGGAGCCCUAAGCAAACACACCAAGAAAAAGAAACCAGUUGCCGCCGUCGUCCUGGGCAUUUUGGUCAUCAACGCGGUGAGAUGCAUGAUUCGCAGCGGCGAGUGGCGGAGUGAAGACCAGCUCUUUCGAAGCGCCCUGUCUGUUUGUCCCCUCAACGCUAAGGUUCACUACAAUAUUGGCAAGAAUCUGGCUGAUCAAGGCAACCAGACAGCAGCCAUCAGACACUACCGGGAAGCAGUCAGAUUAAAUCCCAAGUAUGUCCAUGCUAUGAAUAAUCUGGGAAAUAUCUUAAAAGAAAGGAAUGAGCUACAAGAAGCUGAGGAGCUGCUGUCUCUGGCUGUCCAAAUACAGCCAGACUUUGCAGCUGCGUGGAUGAAUCUUGGCAUAGUGCAGAAUAGCCUGAAACGGUUUCAGGCAGCCGAGCAAAGUUACAGGACAGCAAUUAAACACAGGAAGAAAUACCCAGACUGUUACUACAACCUCGGGCGGCUGUAUGCAGACCUAAACCGCCAUGUGGCCGCGUUGAGCGCGUGGAGGAAUGCCACCAUGCUGAAGCCGGAGCACAGCCUGGCCUGGAACAACAUGAUCAUCCUCCUGGACAACACAGGUAAUCUAGCCCAGGCUGAAGCUGUUGGAAGAGAGGCACUGGAAUUGAUUCCUAAUGAUCACUCUCUCAUGUUCUCGUUGGCCAACGUGCUGGGGAAGUCCCAGAAAUACAAGGAAUCUGAAGUUUUAUUCCUCAAGGCAAUUAAAGCAAAUCCAAAUGCUGCAAGUUACCAUGGUAAUUUGGCUGUGCUGUACCACCGCUGGGGACAUCUGGACAUGGCCAAGAAACACUACGAGAUCUCUUUGCAGCUUGACCCCGCGGCAGCAGGCACCAGGGAGAAUUACGGUCUUCUCAGGAGAAAGCUGGAGCAAACACACAAGAAAGACGUCUGAUCUCUCUCUUCGUGUCUGAGUGUGCGUGUGCAUGAAGCAUCUUCUCCAUAGUGCGUGCUUAUGUGUAAACAUUUAAAAUUCUUAGAAGCUUUCUUUAUCCUCCUCGGGGUCUGCUUUUUUUUUUUUUCUAUGAAAACAAAGACAUGCAAAAAGGUUUUAGCACCAGCAAGACACUCUUGAAUGCUUCAUAUGGUUUUUUUCAUCAAAAUCAUAUUUUUUAAAAACAACCUAAGUGUAAUUCUAAAAAUCCCAAGAAGGAAGCUUUUUUUUUUUUUUUUUUAACUAAAAAGUAAAAGAAAAAAUUCUCUGGAGUGACUUUUGCCAGCAUUAACCCUGCAUUUGGGACGUGAGCCAUCUGUGUUAGAUGGUCAUGAUUAAACCUCAUUUAUGACCAAGAAUGGACAGACUACAGCUGAUGUAAAUAACACACGUGUCUGUAUAUCAGCAUUUUUUUAAUUUAAUAACGAGUAAAUAGUUUGGGUUUUUCAAGUCUUUUGCAACAGCGUAACAGGAACUUUGUUUAUAAGAAAAUAUUUAUUUGUAUUUUAUGUGUUAAAUGGCACAAAUAAUUGAAGAAUAGAAGUUUUUAACAUCUGGCAUAUCUGUGUACUUCUUCCUCUAUAGGAAGAAAUGACUCUUGCAGUGUUUGUUUAUGUUCGCCACCUUGUACAGUUUUAGCACAUAGGAGAUUAUAGAUUAUAUAGCAGUGUAUGGACACUGUCACUAGGAUCAGCCACGCUUCCCACAUAAGCAGGCAGCCAUCUUUGUUUCCGUCAUGUGCUGUGUUCAGAGAGCUCUAGGCCUCUGUGCAUUAGGUUUUAACUGGAGCAGUUUUUCCAUUUCACUUAAUGGAAGUCUAGAUAUCUAGAAAAUGCAAGAGGUAAAUUUUCUCUCAAAAGGAGUCAUUUGGGGGUGUUGUGGUAUUCCUAAGAAUUAGAUUCUUAUUUUCCUAUUUUAUUUGAUCAGAAACUUAUAUUGGUUUUGUCUUGUUCUUUCUAUACUGUUGACCUAAUUAUUUAUGCAAUCUCCAUAAUUUCUUAUGCAGUAAAAUUAUCACACAAACAUGAAA